GUAUCAUUUGUUGUUUGUGCCUAGAAGCAAUAGAAGAUGAAAUUACUUCUGGUACUCAGUUUUGUGGUUUUGGCCGUUGCCACUACCCCUGAUGAACCUAAGAAAUCAGAAAAAUCGAAACGUCAGAGUUUAUACUACCCUGAGACUUUAGAUGGUGUCUUAUCUUCUGGACUGACAUCAUCUGGCCUAGUAUCUGGAGGUCUUUGGUCCUCAUCAUCCGGACUUGCCUCAACCGGAGUAAUUGGACAAACACUCCCAUCUACCGGAUUAUAUGACCAAUCAACUUUAAGCACAAUUGGUUCAGGACUUGGUUCAUCAGGAUAUUAUGCAUCUGGUUCAGGUUAUGCUGCUGGAAUUGGAUCAUAUGGUCAAUACCCAGUGAGCACUAUUGCAUCUGGAUUAGGCUAUUCUUCCUUAGGUUUGGGUUACGGUUCUGGUUUGAGUUAUGGUUCCGGUUAUGGUUUAGGAUCUACUUAUGGUUUGGGAUCUACCUAUGGUUUGGGAUCAACUUAUGGUCUAGGUACAGCUUAUGGUUCAAGUUAUUCUACCGCACCAGUUGUAACAAAUCAAGAAUUGGCUCGUCACACCAUACACAAUGUUGUGAACAAAGUUAAAGUACCAGUACCAGUACCACAACCCUACCCGGUUACAAAAACCGUUCCAGUACCAGCCCCUUACCCAGUUAAAGUUGAAAAACCAGUACCAGUUCAAGUGAGAGUAAAUGUCCCAGUACCCGUUGAAAAACCAUAUCCCGUACAUGUACCUCACCCAGUGCCAUAUAAUGUUCAUGUUAAAGUACCAUACCCAGUAGAGAAGCCUUACCCAGUACAAGUAACAAGAACCGUAACUGUACCUGUUGAAAAGCCAGUUUACGUGAAAGUUCCUCAAGUUGUAAAUGUACCUGUAUCACAACCCUACCCUGUUCCAGUGGAAAAGAGAGUAAGAGUCAAUGUUCCUCAACCAGUUGUCGUGAAGGUUCCAGAAAUAUAUAAGGUACAUCACAACAUCGAAACUGUCAAGAAACCUGUCGUAUUGGUUCAGCAACGCGUUUCACCACCGGUAGUUACAUCUGCUUCCGGUUCAGUAGUAGGAUUAGGAGAAACUGUACAAACAGGCCUUUCUUCUGGAGUAGUAUCCUCUGGCCUCGUCUCUUCCGGUUUCCCUUCCUCUGAUCUCCUUUCUUCUGGUGUAGUAUCUACAGGUGUAUCUUCAGGUCUUUCAGAUUUCCAAACUGUAGGAGAAUACAACGGGCUAUCAUCUGGAGUCGUGUCAUCGGGAUCUGAAUUUUCGAAUACCGGAUAUGGAUACUCCAGCUCUCCACAAUUCGUUUCAUCUGGUGCAGUUUUCCCAAACACAUUUGGAAAUGUUCACAACAUCGUAGCACGUAAAGCCGAAAAAAAUGACGAAAAGAAACAAUAAAAUGUUUUUAGACUGUUGUAUAUAAAAUGAUGAUAUUCGAUAUAACAUGUAAAUGAAAAUAAAUUUGUUAAUACAUUUUCUGAACAAA